UGGGGGCAGCGUGGAGUCCAGUCUCUCCGCCCGGUUCUCCCCGCUCCGCUCCCCGCCGGAACCCGGGCUAGCAACCAGGAAGCUCCUGGCUGCGGGCACCGGGCAGGCGGGAUGGCAGGGCCCGGCUGGGGCCCCCCGCGGCUAGACGGCUUCAUCCUCACCGAGCGCCUGGGCAGUGGCACGUACGCCACGGUGUACAAGGCCUACGCCAAGAAGGACACUCGCGAGGUAGUGGCCAUAAAGUGUGUGGCCAAGAAGAGUCUGAACAAGGCAUCAGUGGAAAACCUCCUGACGGAGAUCGAGAUCCUCAAGGGCAUUCGACACCCCCAUAUCGUGCAGCUGAAAGACUUCCAGUGGGACAGCGACAACAUCUACCUCAUCAUGGAAUUCUGCGCAGGGGGCGACCUGUCCCGCUUCAUCCAUGCUCGCAGGAUUCUGCCAGAGAAGGUGGCUCGAAUCUUCAUGCAGCAGUUGGCGAGUGCCCUGCAGUUUCUGCAUGAGCGGAACAUCGCCCACCUGGACCUGAAGCCACAGAACAUCCUGCUGAGCUCCUUGGAGAAGCCCCACCUGAAACUGGCAGACUUCGGCUUCGCACAGCACAUGUCUCCGUGGGACGAGAAACACGUGCUCCGCGGCUCCCCCCUCUACAUGGCCCCCGAGAUGGUGUGCCGGCGGCAGUACGACGCCCGCGUGGACCUCUGGUCCGUGGGGGUCAUCCUGUACGAAGCCCUCUUUGGGCAGCCCCCCUUUGCCUCCAGGUCAUUCUUGGAGCUGGAAGAGAAGAUCCGCAGCAACCGGGUCAUAGAGCUCCCGCUGCGGCCCCCGCUCUCCCGAGACUGCCGGGACCUGCUGCGGCGGCUUCUGGAGCGGGACCCUGGCCGGCGCAUCUCCUUCCAGGACUUCUUCGCCCACCCCUGGGUGGACCUGGAGCAUAUGCCCAGUGGGGAGAGCCUGGCACGCGCGACCUCGCUGGUGGUGCAGGCUGUGAAGAAGGACCAGGAGGGUGACGCCGCGGCCGCCCUGUCUCUCUACUGCCAGGCCCUGGACUUCCUGGUGCCGGCCCUACACUACGAGGUGGACACCCAGCGGAAGGAGGCAAUUAAGGCAAAGGUGGGGCAGUACGUGUCCCGGGCCGAGGAGCUCAAGGCCAUCGUCUCGUCCUCCAACCAGGCCCUGCUGCGGCAGGGCACCUCUGCCCGGGGCCUGCUCCGAGAGAUGGCCCGCGACAAGCCACGCCUCCUCGCUGCCCUAGACGUGGCUUCGGCUGCCAUGGCCAAGGAGGAGGAAGCUGGCAAGGAGCAGGAUGCCCUGGACCUGUACCAGCACGGGCUGGGGGAGCUGCUGCUGCUGCUGGCCGCGGAGCCCUCAGGCCGCAGGCGGGAGCUGCUGCAUGCUGAGGUUCAGACCCUCAUGGCUCGAGCUGAGUGCCUGAAGGAGCAGAUCAAGAUGAAGGAGUCUCGCUGGGAAGCGGAUUCUCUGGACAAAGAGGGGCUGUCCGAGUCUGUCCGCAGCUCCUGCACCCUGCAGUGACCCAAGGACGCCUGGACUGACCGCAGGCCCCAGGAGCGGAAGGGCGUACCCCAGGCUGGUACCAGGAACUCCACAGCUCUCUGCAGCCCAGGGAGCAGGCUUCUUAGAGGGGCAACCUUGAGACCCCCGAGCCCCAGGGUCCUUGACCUGGGGGUCUCCACGUGUCCCAGCCUGCUUCGUGUGCCAGGAGCAUUAGGUCUUGGCAGGGACUCUGGGAGGACAGUAUUUCCCCAUGAGACCUGUUACGUGGUGGCCUGUCCACUGGGUCCUGAGCCUGUCCAUUCUGGGGCCUCGAGCAUCGGCCAUUUCUGCUCUGAGAAGGCAAGGGCCCUCGCGGGGCACUGCUGCUCCUGCCCACACCCCGCCAGCUGGCAGCUGUGCCCUGACCCACCCAGCCUGGAGCCCUUACUCCCUCUUGCUGCCCUCAUGCCUGGAAUGGGCACUCGGAGGCCCCUCAGGGACUGCCCACCCCGUGGCGUGCACACCACCCCACGGAACUCACCAGCCCUCUGGGAACUACCUUGCUGUCAUCUCAGGACUCGAGACAAUCCACAUGAAAUCAGUCUCCCACGCCGGGCAAAUUGAGAAGCCCACGCCUGGUCCUCGCCCUCGCCCGGGGGCACGGGGAGGGCUUAGUCAUCUGCACCUCCUUUUCUCUCUGGGGAGCACCCCAUCCUGCAGAGCGGACCCUGUGCCAGAGCUGGAGUCCAGGAGGGGGUGCUUGGGGACUGCCCCAGCCCCUCAGGCUUCAGGGAGGCAGGGAGGGAGAGCACAGCCCCAGCACAGCCCCGUGGCAGGUCUGGCCCAACACUGCCGCUACCUCAGCGUGUGACCCCGGGCCAGCCCCUUCUGCAUCCUGGGCCGGGGUCUCCCCGCCUCUGCCAUGGAGCUGCUGAGCCUCGUGGUGGGCGCUCGGAGGACAGCGGGAGUUUGGCUAGGGAGGGACGCAACACCUACAGCUUUCCGGGGGGUUCUUUUCUAAAACCAGAGAAGCUGCUUUUGAGACUGGGUGUAGAGAACGCACCUCGCUGUUUCUUUAUUAAAUUAUUUUCUCUA